AUGAGGAAUCGAAAACAACUUUUCCCAGAGGAGACGGCGUUCAUCCCCCGCGGCUACGAGCUGCUGGCCGGCGUGGGCGUGUACAAGGUGCACCGCGCGGCCGCCGACCAGGGGGCGGCGGCCUCCCGCUGCUGGCUGGAGGGCGGCCAGCUGACGGUGCCCGCGGACGCGCUGGCGGGGCUGCUGAAGCGCGCGCACGUCGCCGCCGCUCUCACCGCCAUCACGGACCGCGACAACGAGGGCCACUUCAUGUCCAACCUAGGUAACUCGCACCGGCGCUUCAUGAACUACAUACCGGGUGAUCAAAAAGAAGAACGUGACGUAGCAAGACGUGUGGCCGGCUGUACAGGUGGGUCUCUGGACGCGGCGCUGCGCGGCCGCUGGGUGGCUCGCCAGCCGGACAACGGCGGGCUGUCGGUGCGCCGCGAGGACUGCGUCACGCUGAGCAGCGGCGCGCUCUUCAACGACGUGCCGUGCGACCAGCCGCUGCCCUUCGUCUGCAAGCUGCCGCUCUACCCCGUGCCUCCAGCCGGCUACCAGUACAUACCAGGCCUGGGCUUCUACAAGCGAUACACAAAACCAGAGAAAUAUGAGGAGGCGAAGCGUAUCUGCGAAGGGGACAGCGGGCACCUCGCAGUACCGGAUACGUUUGAGGAGGCCGAGGAGCUGCUCAAGCUGGCGGCUGGUGACGGCCGCUCCUCCUACGUCGGCAUCAGUGACAUCGAGAGAGAAGGAAGCUUCGUCACCGUCAUGGGCCAAUCGUUGGGUGAGUUGGCGUUUGACAACUGGGCUCCGGACGAGCCGAAUGACUUCCUGCACUUCCUGGGAGGCGAGGACUGCGUGGAGCUGAAAGCGUCUGGCCUGCUCAACGACAUCAACUGCGGCAUCGCGCUGCCGUUCUUCUGCGAGAGACCGUUGCCCUCCAGAGUGAGGUAG